AUGUCCAAAAUGUCAUCUCCAUAUGGAAGUACAGUCCCCUAUGGUGAGCCAAGUUGGUAUCGUGGUGACCACAACUCUCCCUAUUACCACCAGACCCACCGUGAAUGGCGCGAUAGAUGCCGCAAGUUUGUCGAAAGUGAGGUAAUUCCUUAUGUGAAAGACUGGGAAGAAGCGAAGAAGAUUCCGACUGACGUUUACCAGAAGCUCUACCGGGCCGGCCUUACCCCAUGCGUCGUAGGAGAGCGUGGGUUCGAGUUUGUGGACUCCUCAGUAGCUCCCAAGCCUGAGGACUACGACGUUUUCCACGAACUCAUCCUUCUCGACGAGCUGUCUCGAUGCGGCAGUGGCGGUGUAGUGGGUGGUCUCAUCGUGGGCUAUUCUAUCGGCCUUACUCCCGUUAUGAAUUUCGCCCACCCAAGUGUACGCGACCGAGUGGUUCCCGCUUGUUUGCGUGGAGAUAAGUUCAUCUCACUUGCCAUCACCGAGCCUCAGACCGGGAGCGACGUCGCUAGUAUUCGAGCCACUGCCAAGCUGUCGGCUGAUGGUAAGCAUUACAUCGUGAACGGGGAGAAGAAGUGGAUUACUAACGGUAUAUUCUCUGAUUAUUUCACUACUGCUGUGCGGACUGGUCCAGAGGGCAUGAACGGCAUUUCAGUGCUUUUGAUACCGAAAGGCCCUGGGGUCACUGUGAGGCAAAUGGACUGUCAAGGGGUUUGGUCCAGUGGCACCACCUUCGUCGAGUUCAAUGAUGUGAAGGUGCCUGUGGAGAAUAUGUUGGGUAAAGAGAAUGAAGGCUUCAAGGUUAUCAUGUAUAACUUCAACCACGAGCGUUGGGGCUUCGUCGUACAGGCAGUUAGAUUUAGCCGGCUGCUCUACGAGGUGUCUUUCAAGUACGCACAGAAGAGGAAGACUUUUGGCAAGACGCUUAUCGAACACCCUCUUAUUCGAUGGAAACUAGCAGAGAUGGCUCGCCAGAUUGAGGGAGCUCAUGCGUGGAUGGAGAGUCUCACUCACCAACUGUGUACCAUGCCCCCGAAACAAGCCGUUCUUAUGCUGGGCGGACCCUUGGCACUUUGCAAGGCCCACUGCACUAAAAUGUUCGAAUAUUGUGCUCGAGAAGCAUCGCAGAUUUUCGGUGGUAACGCUUACACGCGUAGCGGCUUGGGAGAAGUUGUUGAGAGGCUGUAUCGUGAUGUCCGGGCCCUGGCUAUCCCUGGUGGCUCGGAGGAGAUCAUGUUGGAUCUGGCAGUUCGUCAAGCGAAUGCUCAAUAUAAGAUGGCAAUUGCUGGAAGGCUCUGA